UGCUUGUGGGUCGAAUGUUUGUUUUCCGGGUGCAAAACAGUCAUGUAACUGAACCGUGGGAUAAUAAAACCUAUUCUGAAUCCGAUAUUCCUCCCCCCGCGCGUGUGGCAGCAUGGACUCGCUCGCACAGACCCGGCUGCUGCACGACGCGCGGAGCGACAUGGAGAGAGCAGAGGAGGAGAAACACGCAAACGAGAGGUUGUCCCACCAAAACACAAUAUGGAAACAGUUCCAGGCGAAAGCCAAGCCUCUUCUCAGCCCUAAAGUUGGCAUCAAGGACCACGGCUCCAAGAGGGAACGAGCGAUGUGGGCAUUCAGAAAGAAGAAAAGUGGGGACCACUAUGAUCUGGACAGAGGCAUGUCAUGCUCCCAGCCGGACCUCGUGUUCUCCCCUGCGGACGGGGACGCGAGAGACCCGCGGCUCUGCGGCAAAAUCGAGCUCAACUCCGGCCAACUCUGCGCUACCGAGGAAAGGUUGCAAGCGGCCGCGAAAGAAUCCUGCGGAGGCAGCGGCUCCCAUAGCCCAUGGAAGCCCGGUAGGGUUCGGCCGUGCGAGCCUUCCCAUCACAAGAGCUCCUCUCUGGGCUCGGCGUGUCUGGAGAGGCUGAUCGAGGCGUCGGUCAGCAGCGGAGGUGAAGCGCUGUCGACGCGGAAGGCGCGGGCCAUGGGUGCGUCUGCUCCAUUGGCGGCUAACCCCGACCAAGAGGCUCCCAGCCCGGGGAUGCAUACGCUAGACGUUGAGCUGAGGAGAGGACACAACCUGGCAGCGAGAGACAGAGGAGGUACAAGCGACCCCUACGUAAAGUUCAAACUGAGCGGUAAGGAGGUGUUCAGGAGCAAAAUCAUCAACAAAAACCUGAACCCUGUGUGGGACGAGAGGACCACUCUGAUACUGGACGGUCUGAGCGAGCCUUUGUAUAUCAAGGUGUUUGACUAUGACUUUGGCCUCCAAGAUGACUUCAUGGGCUCUGCAUAUCUCCCUCUGGACUCUCUGGAGCAGCAGAGAACAGUAGUGGUGACCCUGGAGCUGAAGGACUCCCACUACCCAGACCAGGACCUGGGUUCCCUGGAGCUGUCCGUCACCCUGGGUCCUAAAGACAGCCCUGUGGAAGAGCCCAAAGACUGCAAGACCAUGCUGCUCAGAAGGUCUUGGAAACGGUCCACAAAGCAGCAGCAGUCCAUGCGUCUCUCGGAGGUCCACCGGAAGUCCCAGCUGUGGCGGGGCAUCGUCAGCAUCGCCCUGAUCGAGGGUCGCGACCUCAUCCCCAUGGACCCCAACGGCCUGAGCGACCCCUACGUCAAGUUCCGCCUGGGCUCCCAGAAGUACCGCAGCAAGACCAUUUCCAAGACACUGAGCCCUCAGUGGAGGGAGCAGUUCGACCUGCACCUCUACGAGGAGACCGCGGGGGUGCUGGAGAUCUCCGUCUGGGACAAGGACACCGGCAGGCGGGACGACUUCAUCGGACGGUGCCAGCUGGAUCUGUCCACGCUGGCCCCGGAGCGCACCCACCGCCUGGAGCUGUCCCUGGAGAACGUCCCCGGGUCGCUGGUGCUCCUGGUCACCCUGACCGCCUCGCUGCACGUCUCCAUCGCCGAGAUGUCCGUCACGCCGCUGGACGACCCCCAGGAGCGCGCCCACAUCGCCCAGCACUACGGCUUUCUGAGGUCCUUCUCCAACAUGCGGGACGUUGGGAUCGUGAUGAUCAAAGUCAUACGAGCUGAAGGACUGAUGGCUGCUGAUGUGACAGGGAAGAGCGACCCGUUCUGUGUGGUGGAGCUGAACAAUGACCGACUUCAGACGCACACCGUUUACAAAAACCUCAACCCUGAGUGGAACAAGGUCUUCACCUUUAACGUGAAGGACAUCCACGCGGUCCUGGAGGUCACCGUUCUGGACGAGGACCGGGACCGGAGCGCCGACUUCCUGGGAAAAGUAUCCAUCCCCUUGUUAUACGUCCGUAACGGCGUGCAGAGGGGGUAUGUACUCAAGAAUAAACACCUGACUGGACCCAAGAAGGGCGUUGUUUACCUUGAGAUCGAUGUGAUCUUCAAUACUGUCAAAGCUGCCCUAAAGACGAUAGUUCCUGCAGAAAACAAGUAUAUCGAAGAGGAUCCAAAAGUUUCGAAAUAUCUGCUUCAGCAGAACUUCAACCGGGUGAAGAGGUGCAUCAUGGUCCUAAUCAACGUUGGCUCCUACAUUAACAGCUGCUUCGAAUGGGAGUCUGCCCAGAGGAGCAUCUUGUCCUUCCUGGUGUUCGUGCUGGUGGUGUGGAACUUUGAGCUGUACAUGCUCCCUCUGUUGUUGUUAAUGCUGCUGGUGUGGAACUACAUCUUCUGCUUGAGGGAAACGACAGACACCUCAAUGGAGGCCAUGUUUGACUGGGAAGAAGAGGAGGAAGAGGAGAAGGACUGUGAGCGUAAGGGCUUCCUGGACAAACUGUACGCCAUCCAGGACGUGUUCCUGAGCGUGCAGACCGCCCUGGACGAGGUGGCCUCCUACGGAGAGAGAAUCAAGAACACGGCGAACUGGACCGUGCCCUUCCUCAGCUGGCUGGCCGUCACCGUCCUGUGCGUGGCCAUGGUCCUCCUCUACUUCCUGCCCCUCCGCUACCUCGUCCUGGCCUGGGGUGUGAACAAAUUCACUAAGAAGUUGCGGAACCCAUACUUGAUUGACAACAACGAGCUGGUGGACUUCCUCUCCAGAGUUCCGUCCGAUGUCCAAGUGGUCCAGUAUCGGGAGCUGAAAGUAGAUCCUGGACAGAGUCCGAACAAAAGGAAAAGAACCAACCCAGGCUAGCUGUGAACACACUAGCCAUGAAUGUAUGAAACUCUGUAAAUAAUAUUUAUUUUCUUAGUUUUGUUUUUACUUUUUUGAGCAAUUUGCUUGUUUUUUGUUUUAUUUUGAAGAACUGCACCUUUUUUUUUUUCAAGCUCACCUUUAAGAAAAGCUGUCCUUUAACUCAUGAGAGUGACUGUAUGUAUUGAAGAUCAUUGUGGAAUAGUUGUCAAAUAUCAAGAAGAAUGCCUAGAAAGCAUGUGUGUUGUUGAUUGUUGUUAUUAUUAAUCAAAUAAUAUACUGUCUACAUUAGUUUGCAAGCACAUAGUUCAUUGAGGAAAUGGAAUGAUUGAUAGAAUGAUUGACACAUGCCAUGCAAUGAUUACCCCGUUGCACAAUACAAUAUGUGGAGUUGAAAUAAGGGCAAGAAUACCUAUGGUACUGUAAAAAUGAAUGUUGUUUACAAUAGUGUAAUAAUAUGUUUACAACAAAGGUUGAUCUAUGGAAGAAAAAGUCUGAUCUGACACAAAGCCAUCUGUAGGUCAUUCUGAUAUUUACGUUAAAAAGGUUUUACCCCAAGGUGUGACUUAAUUUAGCACGCUUAAUCUAAAUAUUCCUGAAUCUAAAGGCUCAUCCAACACCACGUAGUAAACAACCUUUCAAUUUCUACAUAAUCUGUUUAUUUUGUUAAUGCAAUUAUAAACGAUAUUUCUAUGCACUUUAGCUGAAUAUCUACUCUGUUAGUCUCAAUGUUACGCAUGUACUGACGUCUUCCUUCACAUAUGGUUGCCUCGGUAAGCCUAUGGCGUGUACAUAUUUCAGCGGAGAGAAUGGACCCUAUCCGCAGGUCACCAACAGCAGGGAAAAGCAACUUCCUGUUCCUGUGAUUUAUAACAUUAGGUUGGUUUUAUUUCAUGUCUGUUGCCGCACCAACACGGUGUGUGUAUAUUAACCAGACUAGGUGUGGCUAUACUUGAGUACCGCCAUACCGAAUUGGAACAUGCCCAUAAUUGAGGUUAUGAGCUACACCUGUGUUUUUUCUUACGGUGAAAAAGGGCCUGGUUCUUGCAUGAUGUGCACGCUGAAAUGUAACCGGUUGUGGUCUGUGCGUGUCUGUGAACCUACUGUAUAUCCAAGUGCAUUUAUCUGCUAAAGGCUAAACAAGUUUUCGUCUCUGUGUCUCUGAACUGUCUGAAUGCAUGUGAAUUCAGAAAAAAGAUAACUCAAACAAACUGUUUCACCAACAGUACUACAAUGAACGACAUUGAAACGGUCCUAAGAUUUAUCUCGAAAAGAUUCUUUACUUAUUUGAUUUAUUGGGGUUAUUUUUGGUUCAUUGUUUAUAUUAUAAUUAUUAUUAUUUUUUUCCAUAUUUGAUAUGAUUGUUUUAUUACUAAAAUGGUAUGCAACCAGAUUAACUUUCUUGUAAUGUAUAGGACAUCCAUUUGUAUACAAGUGCACAUUGGUCUAUAAAAUAUAUUUAUACCCAGAUCAACAUUGUUGACUGUG